AUGACCAAACUAAAGAAAAGAUGGAUACCUUUCGUUGAGGAUUUCACCAGAUUUGUGCCAAUUUUAACGCUCUUGCUGCAAGUGUUUGGAGACUCUCUAGCUUCUACAACAGCAAGGACCCCUAUUCAAAAACCACCAUCACAAAACUACAAAGGACAAGGUUCAUGGCAACGAAGGUCAUCUCAACAGUAUCCCCCAUACCAGCAGCGUAAAAAUGAUGGAAAUUCCAACAGGAAUCAGGACAUUCCUUGGGAACAGGAACAGUUACUACCAAUGCCGGGAUACCAAGGUCAUAACCAAGGUCAAUCUCCACAGUCAUUCAUGAAAUUCUACCCAGAUGCUCUGGAGAAGAGACUAUCUUCUGACCACAACAAUCAAGGUGUACAACCUCCAUCAGUAAAUAGUAACCUGGACGUUGAUGCCAUCCGAAAGGAAAUGAACAACAAAGAUUUAAGUCUACGAGAGACGCAACAUAACCCAGACAGUAAAUCCCAAACACAACAGGGAGAUAACUCCAUAAGAAAUCAAACAGCUUGGAACAGUGACCGACCUAAUCAGGGCAGAAGAGGUCCAGCUACAGCACCUCCCUACUGGUAUGAUGGUCCCUAUAGAGGGCGGCCACGACCCCCAUACAGAGGCAGGGGAGACCCAAGGCCUUAUCCUGAUCAACAAUAUGCCAGACAAAGAUUCAGGCCUCCAACUUAUCCCCCUCCUACGUAUCCUCCUCCUAAGCGUCAAGGAGGGCCAGACAGAAGGGAACAGAACAGAGGGACUCAACCCAGGGGCUGGGACAGAGGAGGUCCUUAUGACAACAGGCAGGGCGAAAGUUACUACAGACAAGGCAGCUAUCCUAGACCUAGGCCAGGUGGAAGGGGAGCCUUGCCAAGUAGUGUUGGUAGCGGUGUCGGCAGUGGUCACCACAUGAUGGUGGACCCAGACCUCCCUGACCCUCUUGACGACCACUGGCAAAGAAUGCAGUCUCAUAAAGCCUGGGAAAUAAUGAAUGGUGGGUCAGGCAAUGGCCUACCCUUGCCCCCAAUGGUACCCCCAAGACGUUGGGGAGAUAGAGGCGAGAUUCCUGGGGGACCAACCACCCCGCCCUGGCCUAACAUGGAUAAAAGGAGACGUCAAAACACAGGAAGGGCCAAGAUUUGGGCAGAGGAAGGUUCUGGGUUUGCAGGCUCAGGAAGAAGUCAGGUGUGGAUGGAUCAAGGACAAUUAAGACCUAACAGAACUUCAUCAUCAAAUGUGACUGUUAAUACUAUAAACAGCACAGGGAAUAAUACACCAACCAUGAAAGAGUUCCAGGGAGGUUCACAAGGAGGACAACCCCUCCCAACAAGAGGGACUAUCCCCCCGCCACCACCAACUCAUCUCCUUCACGAAAGUCCUUUCCAAAGGCAAUCACAACAGCAAAGCAGGGACCAGUGGGAUUACCGCAUGCAACAGCUGGCAGCCUGGGAGAGACAACAACCAAUCCCGUACCCUCCUUAUGAACGACCAGACUCACUUCAUGAGGCAAGGAGAGAACAGGAAGAAGAAAGGUCAAAAGGUCGAACAACUUGGACAAAUCAGGUACAGCCACCAAACAAUGGUGGUUCAUUAUUAGGAAAGUCAGAGAUGAGGUUUCCUGACCAAGGGAGUGGACGGCCAUCAUUAAAGCUGUCUGACCUCAGUCCAUCACUGGCUACCAUAUUAGGAAAUAUGACACAACAACCAAUACAACCAGGACAGUUUCCUCCAAAUGCCAUAGAUAGUCCAGCAAUGACGCACACAUUCCCACCUCAACAGCAAAAUCCAAUGAUGAGAAACCGGUUCACAGACUUACAUGGUGGUGCCAUACCCAGACAAGGGGAACAACUCCAAACACCAAACAUUCCAAUGAGGCCAUAUACAGACACCAGAGGCCAGAGAACCUUCAUAGGCGAAGGUAACCAGACCAAGGGAGACAACCAGACAGACCCUGAUGGACCUGUUGGAGGGGAUGUGUGGCAAACUCCCCAGGGCCAGCAACAACUCUCUCAUGGUGAGUCCAUGCUUGGUCCUUUACUGACUCGCGCUAAAGCUCGAGGUUUCGAUGUUGAUCAUGAACAAGAGUCAGAGUUGGAGUCGGAGGAUAGCCAACUGCGAAAGAUCAUUGUUGGAAUGUACAUGGAGAAGUUAGCCAUUAAAGACGGAGAGGGAAGACCUGGUUAUGAUCCCUUCCAGGCUGCCAUGGCAGAUGUCAAUUCUACCCUGUGGUCAACCCUUAGAAAUAUAUCUCAUAAUAGGGACAGUCUAAAAGGUGAUCAGGCAUUCACUGGAAAUCUAGAUAAUACUCCCACCAAAUCUGCUGCUGCUAGGAUUCCUACAGACAUACAAAGGAUUAGGGGGCGUUAUCCAACAACUAUGACAACACAAGAUCAAAGACAGUUACAAGAUGGAUUCCAAAGAAGACAACCGUCACAAAAUCCGAAAUUAUCCGAGGUUAUUCCACACAUGGACACUGUGCUACAGAGACCUACUGGAAUGCCUACAGUAACUGGCAGAGGUCUGAAUCCCAUGAUAGUCAGAGGAAGUAACUCUGGUAAUCUAAUGAAAGGUCAACCACCUUCGACAUGGCCACAGUCAAACCAAGGACAAGGCCGUCCUUCACCAAGACCAGCCUAUAAUCCACACAAUCCUCGUAACGUAUUUGUACCUCAGGGUGUAUAUCCACAGACCUUUAAUCCACAGAUAUAUGAUCCCAGACAAGCGUAUGAUGUUCGAGGUCAGGAUAAGGUCACAGAGACACCAUCUACUACAACUAUACCCCCUCAAGAUAAUAAUGACCAGAACCAAAAUAAUGACCAGAAUGAGUUAGAAGAAAUCUUGCCAGUGGGCACAAAAAUUCUUCCAAGUCACAUUCCAAAAAUUCUAGCCAUUCUCAAUGUUUCUGUUCCCAUAACAACACCUCGUGUUCUAGUUGCAUCUCAGAUUGAUGGAGUAAAACCAGGGAACAAUAAUGAGCCAGCUCGUAUGAUCAACAUUCCAGGCCCAACAGAGGAGAUUCAAACAGCAACAGAGUUUCUACAGCAGGACAUUUCAACAGCAAGAACAAUAGUUACAGAGAGUACUUCCUCUGCUUUUGGAAUAAUAGUGGGGUGUUUAGUGGCGUGUGCUGUGGUAGUAGGCCCUGGUGUAUGCAUAGGAUGUAGAAUGAGGCAACGCUCAAAGCAGCGAGAACGAAAGAAAGCAGCAGCUGCUGCUGCAAGAAAUGAAGAAAGUGGCAUAAUGGAAGCCAUCAUCAUGAGUGAGCUGGGCCGUAGUGCACUGAAUCGGGAUGACCCUCCAACGAAAGGUGCUCGAUCAAAAAGUAGGUCUGAAUUGGGAACAUUUCAAGAGCUUCAAAACUUACGAUCAGGACGAGAAUCGCCCACAAUAAUUGUGCACUAAGCUUGCCGCAUUUUUGAAUCCACUUUUUAGCUUACAUAUAAUGUAAAUGUGAUAAAGACUGACGUAAAUAUUGACAAAAAUCUUUAUUUUUUAGAUUUACAAGGUUAUGAUUCCUUUAGUGCCUUAACUAUG